AGCCAAUAUCAUAAAAGGAAUGUUAUACAUGCGUCAUUAUUUACAACAAAUUCCAAAAUGAUACCUAGUGGGAAUAUGUGCUAAGGGCCAACAUAUUAUAAAAAGGGCCCCAUUGCCCUCUUCCCCUCAUCCAACUCCAUCGCCCUGGCGUGCAACCAAGUUGCAUAUUCCCCUUGCUCUCCUUGUCAUCCCUCUCAAUAAGGCAACGCCGGAUGUAGAUCUAGAAGCGGAGGACCUCAAUUGAGCGCAAGCUAUUCUAGAUCUGAACAACUUGAAGCAACUAUGGUGGAGAAUCAUGUGUCAAAAGAGGAUUCAAAGAAUUAUAAAUUGAGGAUGGGCUUUGUGGAUGGCCAUAUUUGUGCAAUUUGUGAUGAUGGUGGUAAUUUGAUACGCUGUGAGGGUGCCUGUCGAAGGUAUUUCCACCGAACCAUUUCCAAUGAUGCAGAUUUUAACUGUGAAACUCUCAACAUGAGUCAAGAACAAGUGGAAUCAUCAAAGUUCAUAUGCAAGAACUGUGUGUAUAAGCAACACCAAUGCUUUGGUUGUGGAGAGUUGGGAUCCUCUGACAUGUCAUCGGGUUCAGCUGAGGUAUAUCAGUGCAGUAAGAGCAGAUGCAGACGCUUUUACCAUCCUAAGUGUCUUGCUGAAUUUGACUCUAGUAAGAACCCACCAGUUUUUGAAUGCCCCCUGCAUGAAUGCUUUGCAUGCAAGAACAAAGGGGAAAAAUAUAACGAGGAAACAUGCAAGAACAAGGGGCAGGAGAGUAUCAAGAAAAAACAAGGGGCGGAAAACAACAAGAAAAUGCACCUGGCAUUAUGCAGGCGAUGUCCAAUAGCAUACCAUCGCAAGUGCUUGCCCAGGAAUAUUUCCUCUGUUCCCAAAGGUUGUCUUCCAAGGAAAUGGAAAACUAAUAAGGGCCAAGUUUUCUUCUAUUGCCUAAAGCAUACGAUGGUAGAACAUCUCAGAAGUGCAACAAGGGAUCACCUCAAAUUUCCAAAAGUUAUGGAAGAGCACAUGCAGAAGUAUGUUCCCAAAAGAGAAGUUGAAAACAAAAAACUUAUUGUUUAUGUUAGGAAACGACAUAGAGGUGCAUCUAAGAAACAAGGAGCUUCCAUGGUGGAAGAAGUUGAUCAUGGGACCAUGGAAAGUGAUCAUGUUCAGAGAAGUAGAGAUAUUAAUCUGCGAGCACAUGAACAAACCGAAGCACCUCGAAACUAUAUGUCUGACCGUAACACAAGCACUGGUUUCGUGUUGUCUUUUGCACCUAAGUCCUUGUUCCCACUCCCAUAUCCAGGCAAUUGUGGUUGGCUUGAUGAUUGAUUCAUGAUAGUAUUUCAGAAAGAAAACUGAAGAUUUUUAAGUUUCAUGUAUGGCAGAUAACUUUGUCUGUAGCAUGUAACACCGUUGUGUUGAUGUUCGUGAUGGUAGUUAAUUACUGGUGACUGUUGAGUAUAAAUGUCUGGAUACUGUGGCAGCGACAUUCCUUCCAUUGUCAGGAAUGAGGAUAUAUUAAGUACUAUUAUCACUGUAUGAAAUGUUUUUCGCGAA